AUGGCAUAUCGAACUGGGCGAGGACGUAUCAUAGUGAGAGGGCAGACUGAUGUUGAACUGCUUGAUUCCAAAACGAAGCGUACAGCGAUCAUCAUAAAAGAGAUCCCAUAUCAGACGAACAAAGCCUCUCUUGUUGAGAAAAUUGCUGAUCUUGUUGAAAAUAAGGAAGCAAUGCCUUGCAUUUUUGUCUCCAUCACUGGUAUUGGUGCAUCAUAUAAGUUUAAAGAAGGGAAAAGUAUUGAGGGCCAAGGUCAGCUUAAUGCCAAAAUAAAUACAAAGCAAAAUAUGUUUAUCGUGAAGCAUUAG